AUGUCUUUAUUAGCAGAAGCAAAGCGCGUUGCCACUGAGUUUGAAUACACAGAUGAGGAUGUGCGAAGGGGUGUUACCGAAUUCAUCGCGGAGAUGAAUGAGGGGUUGAAGAAGAAUGCAACAAACAUGAGCCAGAUUCCUACAUAUGUUACUGGAGUUCCUAAUGGCACAGAAAAGGGACUAUACCUAGCGGUUGAUCUUGGAGGAACCAAUUUCCGAGUUUGCUCGAUUCAAUUAUACGGAGAUACCACAUUCAGUCUCACACAAUCGAAGGUUGCGAUACCGCGAGAGCUGAUGCUGGCUAAGACCGCAUCGGACCUCUUUUCAUUUUUGGCGAAACAAAUCGAACUCUUCCUCAGAACCCAUCAUGAAGACCAUUUCGAGGCCCACAUCAGACGUCGCAAUACUGUCAGUACACCAGAAGGAUUCAGGGAUGAACACAUCUUCAGACUUGGGUUCACAUUCAGUUUCCCAGUUCAUCAGAUUGGUAUCAACAGAGGAACCUUGAUUAGAUGGACGAAAGGAUUUGAUAUUGCGGAUGCGAUCGGACAAGAUGUAUGCGAAUUGUUACAAAAGGAGAUUGAUAAAUUACAUCUACCAGUGAAGGUGGCUGCCCUUGUAAACGAUACAGUUGGUACACUGAUGGCAAGAGCAUAUACUUCUCCUGGCAAGACUCAAACCUUACUUGGGGCUAUCUUCGGUACUGGCACCAAUGGUGCUUAUGUCGAAAAGCUCGAUAAAUUGACCAAGCCCAUGGAAGGAGACUUUGAUAAGACAACUGGUGAAAUGGUUGUCAACACAGAAUGGGGUUCUUUUGACAAUGGUCUCAAAGUUUUGCCAAAUACCAUUUAUGACCAAAUUCUCGACAAGGACAGUGUCAAUCCUGGCAUUCAAAUGUUCGAAAAGAGAGUUUCUGGUAUGUUCUUGGGCGAAAUCCUGAGAACUGUUCUUGUCCAAAUGAUAAAGGACCCCACCAUCCAUCUUUUCCAAGACGACACUUCUGCAGAUAACGAUUACCGCUCAACAACUACCAUCGAUGAAACCGCUCCUCUUUACCAGCAAUGGGCAGUCGAUAGUUCCAUCCUCUCAAUUGCCGAAGCUGACAAUUCCGUCGGUCUUCGUGCUCUUCGUCAAGAACUUGAGAAAUCGCUUGGUGUCUCCGCUGCUUCGUUAGAAGACGCCCAAACUGUCAAGGAAAUUGCUCACGCUAUCGGCAAGCGUGCAGCUCGCUUAGCUGCUGUAGCAAUUGGAGGCAUUGUUCUCCAAACCGGCCGUCUCGAUAUCAAAUCUGCUGCUCCCGGACCAAAAUCAACAGCCUCCAUUAUUCAAGACGUCAAGAAUCUGAAGAUUGCCGACGCAGCAUCAGCUACUGCCAACAAGCUAGCAGAUGCAGCAGGCUUGGCAGUCAACGAGGAAGAUGUUGUCGAUAUUGGUGUAGACGGUUCUCUUGUGGAAUAUUACCCAGGAUUUGAAGAUCACAUAAGAGAAGCUUUGAGAGCCAUGGAUGGUAUUGGAGCUGUUGGGGAGAGAAGAAUUAGAAUCGGUAUUGCCAAGGAUGGAUCUGGAGUUGGAGCCGCAUUGAUUGCGCUUGUAGCAGCGAAAAUGGAGAAGCAACAGAAUUAUUUGGGAGAAUUGAGGAGGAAGCUGGGUGCUGUUGGGGAGGAAGCUGCAAUUGAAGAGUAA